UUUCCGUUAAUAGUUAUAGUUUCAAAUCUAGAUAUCUACGACAAAAAGAAUGUUUAUUCACUAUGGAGACUACUUAGGUCUUUAGUUUUCCUUUCGCGUUCGCAACAUUGAUUAUAUUACAUGUUCAAUUUUUUAUACAGCUCACAUUUAAUGGAAAAUCAUAUGGGCGUGGUAAAAAUAUCCCUGAUUUUGCUAUUAGUGGCAUCAAUUUUUUGUGGAACAAGUGCAGUGAAGGAGCAAGUUACCUUAACACAAAAAUUCCAUAUAUGGAAUACCAAGAAUACGAUAACUUGAAAGAAGAUCAAGUCCUUCCAAACGUGUUUCGAGUUGGAUGCUAUAAAGAUAAAAAAGACGGGCCAACAGAUACAUUUCCUUUUCGAAAAACAGUAUCAUUAGAUCGCUAUCGCGAUAUUGGAGAAAUAAAACGUGAAACUUUGAUGGCAUACAAAUGUUAUAACUACCUUAAAGAUUUGAUGUACAUCAACACACAUUUUGCCAUUCGAGGCAAGACUUGUUUUUACGGUCCAGAUCGUGUCGUAAAAUACAACAAAUAUGGCCGAUCCACUGGCUGCAAAUUGGACCCGUUUCACAUAAAACUUGGUAGCCUUUUUGUCUACAAAUGGAACGUGUGAAGAGUAAAGAAUUGGCUCCUUUUUUAAGUUAAAGAUAUACAGUUAUCGUUGGAUUAUAUUAAUGAAACAGACCUGUAACUUUUAAUAUAUUUUCAGUUUUUCUCUUCCUUUUGAAAUGUUUUGAAGUCUUUUGAUUAUUCCGAAAUUUUGUCCCAGAAAACAAAAUGGUUUAAGCUUAUUUUUACCCCCUUACUGCAUUCUUUUAUGUUAUACUAUUUACUACCAAGUCUCACAAACAUGGUUUCGGUCAUUGAGGUGGUUAAAUCUUCAGAUAUUUGAUGGAAUUUAAUAAAAAAAGACUUUUUAAGGAUAUAUAUUUCUGAUUUUUUUUUGUAGCACAAAUAAACAUAAAUAAUAUAUCUGAUAUGGUAUAAUUGCUUGUAAUGUUUUGUGGGAAAAAACAGUUGUUCUGGACAAAAAACUGGGUUGGUUAUUUACUUAGAUGCUAGCUAGAACCUAUACAUAGAAGCUUGC